GAAAGGUGCGCACAGGCUCCGUCCCAUCCUCUGGAAAUACUUCUUCCACUUUGAAUCAUCUGCUGUUUGCGACUUUUAUCACGUUAUCACUCGUGUCUCGUGUUGUUCAGGAGAACUUCCUGCAGCAUUAGUGGCUUUAACUUCGGUGCGCAACAGCUGAGGAGAGAAGGUGAAUCUACACCAGACUCUUCAAAAGCUCUCAGCUUUCUCAUUAAGAACAAUGUGGGACGCCAGAGAAGAUCAUGGAUGUACAGUCAGACAAUCUGCUCGGCUUUAAUAAACUCACAGCGCUUCACUGAUGGAGUUUAAUCCACUUUUUCUCCGUGGGAAGUUUCUUUUGUCUCCCAAUGAUGGACGGAGGACAGUCGUCAUGGACUCUCACACCUGAGUGUGCAGCCUCUGUCAACACAUGAGAGGAGGAACCGUGUUUUGUCUGAUGGGAUCUCGAGGUGUGUCGGACAGCAGCAGGGCUAUGGGGAUCAGACAUGGGACAAAGAUCCAGCAUCACUCCAAACCCAUCCACAAGAUAUUCUUCACUUUUUUUUUGCUUCUGCUCAUUUUCACACCGAGAGUGGAUUCUUCGUGGUGGUACAUCGGGGCGCUGGGUGCUCGGGUGAUCUGUGACAACAUUCCCGGCCUGGUGAACAAGCAGCGGCAGCUCUGCCAGCGGCACCCGGACCUGAUGCAGUCCAUCGGGGAGGGAGCCAAAGAGUGGAUCAAAGAGUGCCAGCACCAGUUCAGAAACCACCGCUGGAACUGCAGCACGCUGGAGCGAGACCACACUGUGUUUGGCAGAGUGAUGCUGCGAAGCAGCCAAGAGGCAGCGUUCGUGUACGCCAUCUCCUCGGCAGGGGUGGUCUACGCCAUCACCAGGGCCUGCAGCGUGGGGGAGCUCAAGAUCUGCAACUGCGACGGCCACAAGCGUGGACAAGCAAGCGACGACAGGGGGAAUUUUGACUGGGGUGGAUGCAGCGACAACAUCAACUAUGGCAUAAAGUUUGCCAAAGCUUUCGUAGACGCCAGGGAGAGGAUGGUGAAAGACGCCCGCGCACUGAUGAACCUGCACAACAACCGGUGUGGUCGGAUGGCAGUGAAGCGGUUUAUGAAGCUGGAGUGCAAGUGUCAUGGGGUCAGCGGCUCCUGUUCUCUGAGAACCUGUUGGCUGGCCAUGUCUGACUUCAGGCGAACUGGAGACUACCUCCGCAAGAAGUACAACACGGCCAUCGAGGUGACCAUGAACCAGGACGGGACGGGUUUUACAGUGGCUGACAGGGACUUCAAGGGAAGCACCAAGAAUGAGUUAGUAUACGUGGAGAACUCGCCAGAUUACUGUCUCAUGGACCGAGCCGCUGGCUCGUUGGGAACAGCGGGCAGAGUGUGCAACAAGUCUUCGAGAGGAACGGACGGCUGUGAGGUCAUGUGCUGUGGGCGGGGCUACGACACCAUGCGAGUCAAGCGCAUCACCAAGUGCGAGUGCAAGUUCAAGUGGUGCUGCGCUGUGGAGUGCAAAGACUGUGAGGACGUGGUGGACAUUCACACCUGCAAGCCCCACAAGCGACCGGACUGGCUGGACAUAACCUAAAAAAGGAGACGUCACCAACCACUGACUCAUUAACCCCUGCGCUAAUGACUGCAUUUUAUUAUGAGAUAUAUGAUUGGGAUCCUUUAACUGUAAUACCUCGGACUUUUGAGCCUUUGACACUUCAGAAGCUUUUUGCUAAACUGGAAAAUAUACCCAGUUACUGUGUGUUGCUUUGAUCCAUGAACAAUUUGUUUAAGAAAAAAAAUAUAUGACUUGUAAAUGCACCGUUUGUUUAGGAAGAAAUAUGAGGUAAUGUCUGUUGAUUUACAGUAUGUAAAGACGAUGUGAGCCCAUGAUUGAGCUCAAACUCAUGAUCAUAGUAAUGAUCACAAUAGCAAUCUUCGCCUGAAGAAAUAGAGAUGGAAAUAUCGUUCAGAUUUUGUACAAACACUGACACAUUUAAAUGACAUUAAACCAUUGUAUGGUUCUGCAACAAAUCAUGUAAAAAACACAAAGACUGGUUGCUUGUGAUUAAUGCAACUCGAACAAACUAACAACAAGGACAAAUAAUCUCACUGUGAAAUCAAAGGAACAAAAAGCAGGAGAACAAGAAAGUGCUUCCAGUUAAAACCGCAGCGUUGGAGUUCAGUUGGUUCUCAGGAGGUAAAAGGGCACAACAAUAGGAAAAAUUAAGUUUUAAAUGGACUGUGGAUUACUGUCUGGAAUUCACCAUUUUCACACUGUAUCCUACAUAUCUGAAUGUCAAUAACUAACUAACUUACUAACUAACUAACUAACAGGAGUUGUCUAAUUCAAAUAGUUAACAUUUUUACCACAGCUAGCAACUGUCCAGACCAUAGACUAUAUAUAAAGAUAUGAAGCUAAAAUAUCCUGGAUAUAGAUGAUGCCAUAUUUCGCUAUUGACGUCAUUUGGAGACAGAAUCUGCGCUGUAGUGAUUGUGGUGUGGAGCCACCGUAUCAAGCUCCUGCCGAGACAAGCACUUGACCGGUUGCAAGUCAGUCUCAGUUGUCAAUCAUGACGCUUCGACCUGUUUUUAUAGCCCAUUCAUCCAUCGUCUUGCGCUUUUCUGGACUCUGGUCGCACAGGUAGCCGGCCAAGUCGGGUAUCCUGAACGACCCUCUCCAUAGCAGAACUUUCCAGCUCUUCCUGAGGAAUUCUGAGGCAUUCCUAGACCAGAUGGGAUAUGUAGUCCCGCCAGCAAGUUCUGGGUGUACCCCAGGGUCUCCUCCCUGUUGGGCGUGCCCAGUAAACCUCCAAAGGAAGGCGCUCAGGAGGCAUCCUCACUAGAUGCCUGAGAAAAAUGUAUAUAAUGUGUACCUUGAUUUUUUUAUUUGACCCAUGUUCCAUCUGCGGACGAGAGAGGGUUCAUGACCUAUACUGCAGCCAGCCAUCUUGGGUGCGAUUAAGGUGAUUGGGCUUCACUUUGUCAUGUCUUCCAUCGUUAUAAACUGUUGAUGGUUCAGACAGACAACAGUAAUGUAUGAAAACCAGCCCCCAUAGUCAGUCCAGUGAGGCCUUUUGGACAAAAUAAUGUUGGUACAAAGUUGAAACCAGUUAAUGUCCUCUGACAAGCAUGGGCCAGUUGAGUAUAUUCCGAGUAGAUUUGUUUGAGACCAGAAUGAUGCAAUUCCAAAAUUAAGCCGAUGACAGUAAUAUUAUGUUUGAAGUGAUGACUUUCCGAAGUUGUAAUUUCCUGUUCCUCACAACAAAUUGAGGUGAUUGGGUGUAACUCACAGAUUUAUGUCUCAAACUGGCCUUCAGGAAUCUCACUGUCUCAUCUAACGCUCUACCAACACAACGCCUUGGAUUUUUGUUUUUCUGAAAGCAGGGUUGAUUUUGAUGUGAAUACUCUGUUAGUAUCAUCAUUUAAUAUAGUGUUAAAAACACAUUUGUAUGCUCAAAUGUUUCCAUCCAUCCAAAUUUGCGUGGUAAGAAAGAGAUGAAACCUGAAAGUUUUAAAUCCUGUGUACAGUGAGAUAUUAAAACAUGAAGUUUAAAGCUGUAAACUUCAUUUUUUCCCAUCGCUUGGUUUUCAUUACCCUACCACCAGUUUCUUCUGUUAUCACAUUGUGGCAGAGCACUUUAACAAUGCAAUCUUAUGCAACUGAGCUUUCAAUCCUUUGUACACAUAUUCACUGGCCCCGACUGGUUUGUGAAAAGUGAAGUAUUUCUUGAAACGGAGCCAAGACGUUGCAAAAAGAGCAGUGAAGUAGCUGCGGACCCUGAAUUUGACUUUUCAACAUCUGGUAAUGCAGCUAAACAUCAUGUUGGGCCAUUGGAGACUCAACCCUCUGAGGGGGUUUUGUAGAUCUAAAUGAAUCUGACAACAAGCUGUGGAUGCUGAGAGUCAACAAAUUGUUUCAAGUCCACGUAAUGAGGAGGAGAGCCAAAGUAAAGCUCUUUGAACACGGCCAAAUGACACGCCGCGUCAAAUGUUCGCAAGUCAAAAGUUAAUUGCAAGCACA